UCUUGUAAGACAUAGACAUAGGUUAAUUGGCAUCACAUUACAAUUUACAUGUCUUCGUUUUGGUUUUUGUUGGGUUCGAAGUCCCAUGCAUUCUUGAUACAAUAAGUAUCAAGUAUGACCAAUCCACCCCCCCCCCCCCCUGUUGAUGGUGCCCCCCAAAAUUUCUGGACCCAUACUACGCCGUCGCAUUUUACUGAAACAAAAACUGUGUCAAUAAAUGCAAUUUGAGACGAUUGGGGAAGGAGGAAGGGAAUCUUGAAAGAUUAGAAAUAAUGUUUUCUCUUAAUCAAAAACUGAAAAUCAAACAUCUUAUAAGACAUAACAAAAGUUUUAUUGGCAUCACAUGUCAAUCUUCAUGUUUUAGUAUUGGUUUCGGUUUGGUUCAAAGUCCCUUUGAACUUUGAUACAAUUAAAAAGCCCACACAAAGAAGGCGGAAGGAAGCUAAGAUGGUAACAAAGUUCAUAUUUCAACCAGCAACAAAAAAGCAGAAAGACAAGGAUAUAUCUAUUCAUUUACAUUAUAUUUCAUUACAUCACUUGUUCAUAUCCAUUGAACACUUCAUUCUUAGGGGCUGUGAUGGCUUAAUUUAGCUCGGCAAAAUAAAAGUUCGUAAUCACUUCAUCUGCAGACGUUAACAGGACAUGAUGGCGUUGAAAGAAUGCUCCGUUCUUUCCUCUUUGACCAUGUUGGUGGUAUAUUUUCUUCUCGUAUUCCCAUGUCUAAUAACAAUUCACGGAGAUGCAUUGCCGACCUCAAAGCUGACUGUGGAGAGUUCUAUUCAAGUAUGCUCCCAGGACCCUAAGCUGAAGGAAGCUUGGUGCGACAACAGAAGACUUACUUCAAUUCCUCAAGACCUUGCUGAGGAUAUCGAGCUACUCUCCAUGCAUAACAACAAUGUCAAAGCCCUUUUAAACUCCUCGUUUGUAAGAUACCCUCUCAUCACAACCCUAGAUCUUCGUUUCAACGACAUCAGGGCCUUGGAUCACACAGCUUUCUACCCUCUCAGGGAUCUGAGGAAUCUAUUGAUGUCUUUCAACCCACAUCUUGUGCUGCCGGAUACGGGGUUACUCCGUUGGGCGAGUAAGCUGUCCAUUCUGGAUUUGUCCAAUUCAAACAUGAUAUCGCUUCCUAAUGAUACUCUCAGGUGGAGCCCAAAGCUGGAGGAAUUAAAGUUGUCACAUAACCAGUUUGCUUUCAUCAACAUCAGUUCGUGUGGCACGGUCAAGAACGUUCACUUGGAGGGGAAUCAGCUGGCACACCUCAGCGCAGAAUCUUUCAAUUUAGUGUGCGAUAUUGAUGUUUUGGUACUGGUAGAAAACCCAAUCAAAUCAGUAGAUCCUAAUGUGAUUGCGUCACUAAAUGUCCGUGAUUUACUGAUCGGAGACUCCCCUCUACCUUUGAAAGUCUUCAGAAACCUAUUUAUGGGGAUCUCACGUUCUGAAAUAGAAUUUUUGUCAAUUACAGGGUCCAAUUUGACUGCGAUUCCAGUAGAUUUCUUCGACUCCUUUUGCAAUUGUCCUCUGUCUUUUCUCGACCUUCAGACGGUUGGUCUGAAGGCUCUCUCUCCGUACCUCUUCUCAAAUUUAACCCAACUCGACAAACUUUCUCUCAGCUCCAACAAUAUAGUUACGAUCGAGCCGGAUUUCUUUGAAGGAAUGCAAGAUUUAAGAAGCCUGGAGCUGGAGUUCAACAACAUACAACACAUUAAUCCAUACAAUCAAACAUGGAAUAUAAAAGUACAAGAGCUGCAAUUGUAUAACAAUUUGCUUAUAGAAAUUUCACAAUCUGCCUUUCUAGGGUUGAAAUAUUUAACCCUCUUGGAUUUGAGUAGGAACAAAGGCCUCACUUUCUUAGAAUUCACAGCGUUCACCGGACUUGAUAGCAUUCAAAAGAUAUUUUUAUCUGAAUGUAAUAUACACCAUUUGCUAUUGGAAACCCCAUCGUUAACAUCACUUUUACUGAACAAUAUUAUAGAAGGAGAUCAUGGGUGGGACCCCAAGGAAUCCGUCAAACAUUUACGUUCUCUUAUAUAUUUAAACCUUGAUGCGACGGAUCUUGGUGUGUACGAUUUGUGGUUUAUGAACGUUUCUCUCUUCGAUGGGAUGGAUAACCUAACGACUUUGUACCUGAGUAAAAAUACCAGAUUCUCGUGGAAUUUAGCAGGUUUGCUACCUGCUUCGUUCCAGAACUUCAAGAAUUUGCAAAGCCUUAAUUUAGACGAUUGUGAUAUUUCAAUCAUUCAUUCACAUCUCUUUCACGACCUGGUGUCCCUUCGUAUGCUGAGUUUAUCAGGAAACAGGAUUCAGCUACUUCGUUAUGAUAUGCUGACAGAGUUAAGGCAACUAACACGCAUAGACCUUGAUAGAAACCUUCUAUCUUACCUUGAUGAGACAAUAUUUUCGAACAAUCUACGGCUUAAAUAUCUUUCAUUAGCAGACAACAAACUGACCCGUCUCAACCAAUCUACUUUCAAACCGAUUGAGAAUUCCCUGUCAUCUCUAGACUUAUCAAGGAAUCCUAUUUUCUGUAAUUGUGAUCUAAAAUGGCUUCUCGAUUGGCAAAAGAGAUCACCGAACCUCACCAUGCAGCACACAACAAUUACUAUUUGUUCGUCAGCAUCUCUUGCUCCUCUUCGCGAAAAGCCUCUCCGGGAUUUUGAUCCAAGUAAUCUCUGUAGGCUCAGCAGUACCAUUCCAUGUUUUAUUUCUCUCGCAGUCAUUUGCAUGGUUGUCAUUGCAGUGCUUGUGCAUCAUCAUCGAUGGCAUUUGAGGUAUAAACUCUUUCUCUUGAAACUGGCAUUAGUUGGCUAUAAAGAAGUCCGAGACGCUCGCAAUCACAAUGACUACGAAUUCGACGUAAAUGUCAUUUGCUAUGACGAUGAUGAAGAAUGGAUUCGUGACCAUCUUCGUCCGGCUCUUGAAGAAAAGCUUCCACAGUUUCAGAGGAAUGUUUUUGGUGAUGAAGACGUCGUGCCGGGAAUGCAUUAUCUAGAUGCAGUUUAUCACGCGGUGACUCGGAGUUACAAGACACUCAUUGUGCUUAGCAGAGCCGCUGUACGCGAUCGCUGGUUCAUGCUCAAACUGCGCAUCGCCAUGGACCACGUGAGUGAUACUCGAACCGAGUUCGUUGUUGUGGUCUUCCUCGAAGACAUCCCUGAUGAUGAGAUACCUUUCAUGGCGAGAUUGUAUCUCAACGACGGCAGACCCUAUCUCUACUGGACUGAUGAUGUAAGAGGACAAGAGUAUUUCUGGAAUAAAUUGGCAAAGAAUCUGACUAUCAAUCUAAAGACUGAUGACUUGAUCCCAAACGAGUAGAUAUGUUUCGAAAAUAACUGUUGACCUUAAGCCAUGUCAUGUUAAACAUAUCCAACGUGGGGAUGAACCAUUGGUGUACCUCCCUACUGCGAAUGGAGGCCUAGUAUUUAACAAAAUCAACAUAACUUAAAGUGAGUCUACGGCUGCCCAGAAUUUUGAAUUUCUAGUUUUGGCAUAAAAACUUCGAUUUUUUGCUUCAGAGGUUUUAUUUCAGAAUAUAACAAAGUAUAUUUAUGGCAAAAAAAAGUAUGCUGACAGAGUUGACUGGUUACCAACGAAAAUAAAUAACAAUAACUAUCUAGUAUUAGGAUUUCGCGUCAUUCUUUUAUUUUAUUGAAUCGUUGUUCAGGCCUAAUAUGUUUUUAUUUGAAUACAAUAUUACUCAAGCUGAACAAGAGUUAAAGUGUGUACUAAUAAUGUAAAGUGUAUGAUUUAAGUAACUCUACAUUAUGAUUAUAUCAAACCAUUUUCCAACAUUGUAUCAGAGCCUGUGUAAACUAAUCAUAACUCGUUAAUAUAAGUUUGUAAUAGUAACGUAAAUAUGUAUUAUUGGACUGUUUAUAAUCUUGUUGCAAACAUACAUGUAUGCUUAUCCUGAUAAUGAUCACUGCAACAAUACUUUUGAACGGCAACUUUCUGUAUAAUUAUCAAGUAUAUACUCUUUACAAACGUGACGUUAAGGUUUGGUCCCCACACGUAAACAUAUCUAAUUGAUACACGUCUGUAAAAACACAAUUACAUACACACACUCUAUACAAACUGUUAAAACAAGCAUGAGUAUAUUUAGAAACAUUAUUUUGCAUUGUCAGUGUAAAGUGCCUUUGUAUAUAUUGUAUUUAUCAAUAAUUUCUUAUAACAUUCAGUAAUACCUAAUUUCUUUAGGUCUUAUAUUUCAAUCAUUUUAUUGAAUCAAAUAAUCAGUAAAGUAAACAAUUACAUUGUCUGGUCACACCAAUUAGCUGUAUAUUGUUUCUUUAUCUUCUUUGAUAUAUACAUAUAUUUUCUUUUUCAUAAUUUCUUUAUCAUGUUCAUGCGUUUUUGCCACUUAGCUGGUUCGCGAGCUCCUAUGAUUUUAUACUGUUUGCCUGUAAUAAUUUGAUUUAAUUAUUUUGGUAAGGGUUUGUUAAACCAGUGACAGGUUCAACAAUGUUUAGACGGCAGUUGAUUUAUCUGUAAAUUAUAUCUUAUGAAAGGCGUUUUCAAAAGGCAAUAUUUUCGUUAUUUUCGAUAGUUUCUUUCUGGGCACCAUAAUGGUAGUUUUAAAAGCAGUUGUUAUUUUUUUUCUUCAAAUAACUAUUUUAUACUCUAUUUUUCUCAAACAAUAUGCACAUCUUUUUUAAGCAUUCGUGUGAUAUUAUUAUCAAAAAUGAAUUAUUUUGCUUGAUUUUAUUCUAUUUUAUUUAUUCAUUAAUCAUCAACUAUUAAUUCAAUGUAGAUCAUUAUGGUCCAAACACAAAUAUUAUAAAUACAAGCAGUUUUUCAACGAUACUAGCAAAAAUAGUUAACAUGAUACUACAGUAAUAGGCGGAAGAUUUCCUUGUUAAUGGUCAGAAAGCUUUAUUAUUCCAUUGUUUAUAGGGGUUGUGAAACCGAUCCCUCUAU